GAUUAAAAGAACAGAUCAUCUGUCUGUUCAGCGAUUAGAAGAUGAAAAGAUGACUGUGGACAAGGCUGUUGAAAGGCAGUGGAUACAGUUUGGAUCCAGUCGUGUAUUAGCAUCGUAUCGGUCAGCCUACCCUGAACAUUUGACCAAAAUGAAUACUUUAUAUUUAUGCGAAUUUUGCUUGAUGGGUUUUGCGGAUGAGGUGUCUUAUACGAUUCAUAAGAAUCUGUGUAGUUGGUAUAACCCACCGGGAAAUGAAAUUUAUCGAGAUGGUGUGCUAUCCUUCUGGGAGGUGGACGGCAACAAAGACAUAGGUUAUUGUCGAAGAGUUUGUCUACUUUCAAAGUUGUUUUUGGCUGCGAAAUUUAUCCACUACGAUGUAGAACCAUUUAUAUUUUAUAUUCUCACAGAACAUUCAAGGAGCGGCUACGUAUUCGUGGGCUAUUUUUCAAAAGAAAAAGAUCCCGAUACGGCUAACAAUCUCAGUUGUUUAUUUACUUUUCCAACUUCACGACAACUCGGUUAUGGAAAGCUUCUUAUUGAUCUCAGUUAUAAACUUUCUGUGCGAGAAAAAAAAGUUGGAGGACCUGAGCAUCCGCUUUCUGAUUUGGGUCUGAUUACUUAUCAAAGUUACUGGAAAGCAGUAAUUAUAUCAUACUUUCGAAAAAAAAAGCCUGUGAAUACUGUCUGCAUCAAAGACAUCAGUUGUGAAACGGGUUUACAAACAUCUGAUAUAAUUUAUACAAUGCUUCAAAAUAAGAUGAUCAGAUAUGUGAACGGAUGUCAUUUGUUUAGUAUGGUAUGUCCUUCGCUAUCAUAGAA